UUUGCACUAAUUUGCAGAAGAAAAGCUGUGGAAGUGUAGUGUGCUCUGGGGGAAUGUUAUAUUUGGUCUUCCACAGUAAUAGAAGUCUCAUUAUUUAGCCUCUCAGUGCUCCAGGAUACCGUGCAAACAGACCGAGUGACCCUUUGUCAGGCACCUCGUCCCCUCUCAGGAUCAUUACGGCCCUUAGCCAUCAAAUGUCCCGGCGCAGCACGGAGAAGCCAGGCGGACGUCCCUCAAGUGCCCUUCAUUCAGUUAGUAAAACAGAUCUGGAGGCAUAGAAGAGGACACGCUUGGGGUGGAAUUAAAAGACAUAUUAAAACAGCAGGACUGGGAUCAUGGACUGCUGCCAAUAGGAUCUAACUUCACGGAUCUGACCGGAUUUGUCAAUUGAAUUUGGUGAUCCACACGACCCGGCCGAACCUGGCCACCUCUUCAGAAGCAACAGAGGGUUUAAAUGCAUGAAGUCUGACCAUGUGCCGUCUAAUCACAGUGCAUAUGCUCUAAAAGUAUGGAUGUGCAAAAGUCAUUUCUGAGUCCUGCACUGCUUGAUUUGGUCACUGACGUGGACUUCAUGGAGAUAUGCAUGCCAAGCACACCCGGUCUGGCCCUAAAGGAGACCCGCAGCACCGACAGCAAUGGACUGUACCAGGACUUGACAUCCAUCCACGCGCUCGACAUCUCAACAGCUCGAUCGGAUGACUUUUACGACCUGUCAUCGAGCACCUCGUCUCCGGUGAGCUCCAGCAGCGGGAAACCCAAACGCAAACGGGUGAUCAGCACCGUGCAGCGCCAGGCCGCGAACAUCCGCGAGCGCAAGCGGAUGUUCAGCCUCAACGAGGCGUUCGACCGGCUGCGCAGAAAAGUGCCCACGUUCGCCUACGAGAAGAGACUGUCCCGGAUAGAGACUCUGCGCCUGGCCAUCGUCUACAUCGCCUUCAUGACGGAUAUUAUCGAGAACAACUGAAUUUAUAGUCAAUAUUACAAACCCAUUGUUUAGAUGAACGUUUACCAAGGUACUUAAAAAACAUAUGUUAUAAUGAUUAUUUCUUUUAUCAUUUUUGGCCUACCUUUAUGGCUCUGUAUGCUGCAAUACAAUUUGGGCUAGAAAAUAUUUUAUGUAAAACUGUAAUAUUUCAUCAUUUUACUCUACUAAAAAUAAAGGUUUCAAAAGGCUUUUUAGGGUUUUUCAAAGAACCUUUCGUUGAACAGUUCAUAAAAGAACCUCUUUUUUCCGCUAUAAAGAACACUUUGUGGAAUGGAACGGUUCUGUGGAUGCUGAAGCCAAUAAAAAUGAUUAAUUGUUAAAAGCGUAUCUGACUUUACAGCUGAAAGGUGCUUUAGUCCAAAACUUCUGUAGGAAUUAUCUAUUAUGAUCUCAUUUGACUCCUAAUCCUUUUGGAUAUUGCGUCAUAUUUGUCAAAAUCCGUGUUGGAAUAAAGUUUGUAAUCCAGAAACACUCAAAAAGUAACUCUUCAUGUCCAAAGGUGGUGUUUUGGCCCAUUGAUAAUAAGUUAUAUUAUUAUUUUUUAAAUACCAAUAGGAUUGUUUAUAGGAUUGGUUCUAAAUAAUUAUACAUUUCCAAUAGGGAUUCUUCAUAAGUUUUUGCAUUGACUUUGGAUUUUGAGGUGGUUUUCGUUGUAUUUAUAUUUUAGAAAUCACAAUAGGAUCGUUUAGCAUUGGUUCAAAAUUACAGUACAUUUUCAACAUGAAUUUUAUAUGAAUUAAUGCAUUUAUUCAGGAUUUCUGAGAUUAUGUUUGGGUGGUUUUGAGGUGUCAAUUACAAUAAUUUAAAUGUUUUUCUUAGCUGUAAAUCAAACGCAAAUUCUAUCUCUGUUUCUACUAUAACACGUCAUGUUUAUUCUAUUGUGUUAGUCGCUGUUUCUGUGUAUUUGUUUGUGUAACGCACUAGCAAUUUUCCGAGUGAAAAAUUGUUUCUACUCCAAAUUAUUUUUAUUUUAGUUAUGUGGAUUUG